AUGGCUAGGCUAGUAAAGAACUAUGGCACCACGGAAGAGGGAGGCACACCGAAGAUCAGAAGGUUUGAGAGAUUGAAAGACAGGCAAAGACAGAGAGAAGCCGCCGAGCAGGCCGUGUCCGAGCAGUUGGGCCGCCUCGAUAUCCAGGAACAAGCGUCGCGAAAGCCGCCACGGACACCGUCUCCGCCAGGGCGAGGAGAUGUGGGUUCAGCGCUGCCUCCAACGGAUCAGCUAGAGGUCAUUAGUCCGGAAAGCAUGGAGCUUGAAAGGGACCGAUCCAAAGAUGAAGAGAUCGUCAACUCGGCGUUGAUACACCUGCUGGUGACCACAACUCUCUGUUCGGGUAUUGGCACCAUCGCAGGGCGAGAGGGAUUGGCAUGGAUGCCGACCCGACAGACUUUUCGGCUUGGCCCCGCGGGCGAUUCUAUCUGCGAGGCGAAAACAGACGGCAUCCUGUAUAACGGUAUAGGUCCGGGAUAUACGCUUGCGAUCCUGGAGGUGAAGCCGUACGUGCGCCGUAUAGCCCAACAGAAGAUCGAGUGGCAGGAAGCUUGUCAAAUGGCGACAUGGAUCUCAACUAGUCUGGACGCCAAGACGAAGGACAAGCGAAGGGAGGGUGUGCUGCAUACAAGCGACGAUGGGAAAUACCGGAGGAUCCUUAUCUCUCAGGACUACCGCUAUUUGUUCAUCACGAUUUCCGAGUGGGGCCAGGCGUACGAAAGGUACCUCCGCGGAGGAUCUCGUCCUGUGACACCGCCGUCGAAGAACAGCUCGCCCAGCCAGAACCGAGGACGGACCGCAACCGCCGCGGCCAUGGCAACACAACAGACAGCAUCAUGGUCGACGGGACCGACGGCGGAGGCGGCAACAGGGACAACAGCAGCAGAACCGGCAUCAACGAAAGCUGCGGCUACCGGUCCGGGGACAAAGGAGGCCACUGAGAGCGCUAGGCAUGGAAACAAGGCGACCGCAGAAGAUCUUGAUGAUGGCAACUACCUGAUCAUGAACUGCUACGGGCCAUACAGCCUUGACGACAAGAGGCAUGUGACAAUCUUCCUGCGCAACGUCAUAGCCUUGAUCCUCGAGGUUUCUGACCCUUGGGAAUAG